UUUGGUAUUGCUAGUAUAAUAUUUAUUGUAAAUGCUGGACCACAAAGAAGACAAAAACAGCCACGUUCAUUUCGUCAAAGUAUACCAUGUGAAGAAAUUGAUUCAAUUGAUAAAAAUAAUUAUCAAAUACCCAUAGCAUGUUCAUUUGAUGUACCAGAUGGAUUGUCAAUUAAUUAUGAAUUAUCACCACAAAAUUAUGUUAAAAUUGAUGAAUCAAAUAUUAUGCCUUUGCCAAAAUCAUCAUCAAUUGUUUAUGUUGCACCAGCAGCUGUUAAAGAUCAUCAACAAUCAAGUAUUAUUGAUGAAGAAAUAAUGGAUUACCCAAAGUAUUCAUUUAAUUAUGGUGUUGUUGAUGGUUAUACUGGUGAUUCAAAAGCAGCAUGGGAAGAACGUGAUGGUGAUACAGUUAAAGGUGAAUAUUCUGUUGUCGAAGAGGAUGGAUCAAUCAGAACAGUUACUUACACUGCUGAUGAUCAUCAUGGUUUUAAUGCUGUCAUCACUAAAACACCACCAGCUAAAAAAACAACAAAUACUUUUAUUCCAAUUAGUCGGGAUCAAUUAAUACAUCAGCUCAAAAAUUAUUAAAUUUUUUAAAUCUCAUUUGGAAAUUAAUAAAAAUAAAUUUUAUUACAAAAAAAAAAAAAAG